AUGACGUCGGUGUUGGUUUGUCCUGAUGGAAAGACCAUUGAAGCAGAGGCAGCUCAUGGCACAGUAACACGCCACUACAGAGUUCACCAAAAAGGUGGUGAAACAAGCACCAACAGCAUAGCCUCUAUUUUUGCUUGGUCCAGAGGCCUUGCCCACAGGGCAAAGCUGGACAGCAAUGCGUCGUUGUUGAACUUUAUUGAGAAACUAGAAGCGGCUUGUAUGGCGACGGUGGAGUCUGGAAAAAUGACCAAGGAUCUCGCGCUGUUGAUCCACGGAUCCAAGGUUAAGAGGGAUGAUUAUGUGAAUACAGAAGAGUUCAUUGAUGCUGUGGCAUGGGAGUUAAGAAAAAGACUGUUUGGCAGCUCCAGGUUGUGA